AUCAUCGAGAUUUCGUUUCGUUUGACGGAGAGUGCGAGAGCUUACUUCGUACUAAACGAAGGAGGAGGAGGAGGAAACAAGGUGGAUCGAAUCGGUGAAAGAAGAAGAAGGAUCGAGCUCAUAAGAAGUCUCGGCCUCGAGGAGGCGGGGAUUGAUAAAGUGACGUGAUACGAUGAAGGAAUCCUUGAUUUGUUGCUCGUCGUAUUUCUCUCGCGUUCGUCGAGACUUCUUGUGAGUUGCACGACGAGGUGUUCGAUUUCGGUACGCAGUGAUCGUCGUCAGUGAUCGACGCCCGUGAACAAGCGAGCACCUUUCGACACGCGCGUUCCCGCGGGAAAAGUCGAGGAAAAAAAGUGAGCAUCAUGUGUUCAGUGGACGAAACUACUGCGUUUCAACUACGUGCCGAGUGAAUCGUCGUGGAUUUUCCAUUUGCGUCCCGUGUUCCGUUUCUAUCAUAAAAUCAGUUGGAGAGAGAAUAAGGAUUCGUUAAAGUUUCGUCUGGUUUAAUAUUGGGAAGAGAUUAGGGAGGAAGGUGCAUAUUUGUUCACGGGAUCGACGAACACCAGUCAGACACCUGUUACCAUUCUCGACGAGAGUUGAACCGGAUCGAAGUUCUAAGUGGUGAUAAUUCGCCUCACGGAAGAUUUUUCUCUAAUUAAAUUGUCUGCUAAAAUUCCCACCUUUGGAACUAAUUGCGCCAGAUUCAAAACGGAUGUGUUUCGAUAAUUCGAUGAGAAGUAAACUGGUUCCGCGACAGAUCAUCUAGCACUGCUUUCCUGGCCACAUUUCAUAUUCUCAUUCGAUACGUCAUACGUAAAGUUUGCACAUCAUUGUCUUCAUCAGUACGUAUUCGAGCGUCGGUGAAGCGAUUCGCGAGAGAAUAAUUGGCCUCAAUCGAUCACGGUUCGACUCGGUGUACCGGUGCACCGCGGAAGAGCGAACAAUGGAUAUGAGAAGAGCAGAGGCUAAGUAGCAGGCUGCAGGUACAGGAACGGAGAGGGCGAAGCAACAGGAAAGGAAGAGCGAGAAGGAACCGAAGAAGAAGAGGAAGAGGAAGAAAGAAUCGAACGAAAAAUCCUUCCUUUCGAAGUGAAAUCUAACGAGAGAAAGAAAGAACGGAAGCAUCCUCGGGAGGAAAAAUUUGGAGAAACGAAGAAGGGGGAAGAAAAGGAAAGUAGGAUAGGAGGGGAAAGAGAGGAAAGAUGAAGGAGAUCGGAUUAUGGACACUGAUUUGGACAGCGAGUGUGAUGACGGGUAUAAGCGUUGCACAAAUAUCGCAACUGUGCCCGUCUCACACCGAAAUCUCGCCCUGUUCCUGCACCCUGAAGAAAUCCGGAUUGGACAUAAUAUGCGAGUACACGGAUCUGUCUCACAUCUCCGGCGUGAUGAGCUCUCUCAAAGGAAAGACCAACACUGUCAUCUUCUAUCUCAGGCUCAGGCACAACAGUCUGCCCAAGUUGCAGCCCUAUGUGUUCCUCGGCCUCGACAUCCGCCAUCUGACCAUCCACAACAGCAGCCUGGCCAAGCUCGAGGAAUCCUCCUUGAGUUCCGUCGGAAGUGGGCUGACGCAAUUGGACCUCUCGCAAAACGCUUUGGCCUCGAUCCCGUCUAGCGCGUUGAAGGAGCUUCACCAUCUGCUUAUCUUGAAUUUGAACCGCAACAAGAUCAAGGCCAUUCACAAAAAUGCUUUCGACGGGUUGGACACCCUCGAGAUUCUUUCCCUCUACGAGAACGAGAUCUCCACCAUAGAAGAGGACGCCUUCACGGGAUUGCACGACCGAAAGCUGAGGAGAUUGAAUCUGGGAGGAAACGAGUUGACCAAAGUGCCGACGCAAGCGCUCCGCACUCUGAAUAUGUUGAAAAAGUUGGAGAUGCAAGAGAAUAGGAUCGCUUCCAUUCAGGAAGGUGAUUUCGAAGGUCUGGAAAGCCUGGACUCGUUAGGAUUGGCGCACAAUCGGCUCCGCGAGGUACCCGCCCGCGUCUUCUCCCACAUGACGCAAUUAAACUCUUUGGAACUGGACGGGAAUCAAAUUACCCACGUGGAUCCGAAUGCGUUCAUCGGCCUCGAGGAGAACCUGCAAUAUUUGCGACUGGGCGAUAAUAAUUUACACUCGGUGCCGAGCGAUGCGUUGCGCCGUCUACAUCGAUUACGUCAUCUCGAUUUAAAGGCCAAUAACAUUAGCUCGCUCUCGGAGGACGCUUUCACCGGAUACGGGGACUCCAUUACGUUUCUCAAUCUCCAGAAGAACUUGAUCAAAAUAUUGCCACCUGUGGUGUUCGAAAAUUUGAACUCGUUGGAAACGUUGAAUCUGCAAAACAACAAGAUCGCCCAUAUAUCGGAGGAGGUGACUGAAAAUAUCGUGGACACAUUGCGACACAUCGAUAUCACGGACAAUCCCCUGAUUUGCGACUGCGAGCUACGAUGGUAUUCCACUUGGUUGGGGAAUCUGCGCGACAAGGACGACGAGAGGAUGUCGAGGAAGCACACGGUGUGCACGAUGUCCAGCGAGAACCGAGAGUAUUCCGUUCAGAAUAUACCGUUGGAGAGAAUGGGUUGCGUGGGGAAGAACGCUGGGAGAACCUCGUCGAUCGCCACCUGCCACGUUUACACCGACACGAUGUUGCGAUUACUGAUCGUCGCCGUUGCUAUGCUCUAACUGCGAUGUCCGAUCGUGUGACGCGCUCGGACACCUCAGUUUCCCAAAACGCGAACCUGCCCUUGUUUCGCGCGAAAAUCUACCUUACCGACGCAUCCUUCGUCUCUCGAAAGCCCGCAUUCCUUCCAAUUUUAUCGCCCUUGUUUCCAUCGUCGAGCAAUCGUGUCACGGUCGCGGAGACGCGACACGAUUGAACGAUCGAUAUCCCGAUUUUAAGCUUUGUAUAAGCUGUUGAUAGAAGUAUCGAGAAAACCGAUCGAUCGAUUAAAAUUAUCGCGAGAGAAAUUAUAUGAUCUUGCAAAAAUCGAUACGUAAAUCGAUCUUUUUCUUUUUUUUUUUUUUUUUUUUUUUUUUCGUUGGAAGAUGAACGAUUCCGUCAGACUUUUCGAAAAAUUUUUUUAUCCAUCUUCGAAAUUUUUGUUCGAAAUAACCGUGUGAUUCAUAACGAUCAACAAUCGACGAGUAUAUAUUCGCACACAUUGAUCACGAUAUCGUUCGAUCGAAAAUCGAAGGACGAAAUUAAUUGGAUCGAAUUAAUGGAAUAAUUAUCUCGAUCGAUUGAUCUACUUCGAUCGUAGCGUUCGAUUCUAAUCUUUUUAAAUCGAAAACCACGCUCGAACGAUAAGGGAAAGGGAGAAAGGGUGAAAAACUCGAACGAUAACAGGGUGAAAAAAGGCCCUACCAUGUCGUAGUAAACGUACAAGCCUUUUUCAUCGAACGUUACAUAUCAAGAUCGUUGCCAAGUAUUUUAUGGAUGUCUGUUAAAGCUCGUGCGAAGAUGCGAGAUGCAUAGUAGAUAAAUUCGAUAGAAAAUUCGAAUGUCUGUAGUUUAGCCAUUUUAAUGAUCCACGGACAUUCAUCUUAUACAUAUCAACCCGUUCCUGGUAUCAUUGAGACGAAGUCAUCGACAUUUCUUAAUGUUGCACUUCGUACGUCACAGUCUCGUCUAGAUAUAAAAAGUAGAACGUCACUCUUCGAUUUUCAUUGUUGCUGAAAGUUACGGAUAUAUUCAUUAACUAACAAGGGCCAGUAUACGAUAAUUUUCUAAAUUAAUCGUUCUUCUAUUUCUUUUUUUUUCUUUUUGUAUCUUGAUAUAUUUAUCCCAUAUUUAUCGAUAUUUAUUUCCAGAAAUGAUUAACUGGAUCAAGAAACACUCGAUCAAAACGGUCAGGAUAAUUGCAUGGAUCGAUUCAAACGAAUUCUUCAACUCGAUGUCUUUGGCGGUGAUAUCUUGAGAUAUCAUUCAAAUGCUUAACUUCGUUCACAAAGGAGCGGCCAGUCGAAAUGAAAUAACGACUGCUGAUAGAACGUAAUAAUAUACUCAACAGGAAACCGACACUUGUCAAUUCCGGUAGAGCACGAUUCAUUGAAAUGGCUCGUCGCUUCUGUUUUGUGAUCUCCACUGCUCCACUCUAAACGUCGACACUUAUAUACGCGCGUCAUAAAAUUACAACCGCCUUUCAGCAACGCCGCAACGAUGAAACGUUAUAAAAUGAUAGUGUACGUCGCAGUUACGCUUUUGCCGCACGAUCUUUAAUUUCAACUAGAUGUUUUUAAGUUCUCCCUCCUCCUCCCCCCCCCCCCCUUCUUCCCCAACCAACGCGAGGAUUGUGACGUGCGAACACGUAAUGCUUCUAUCUUCGAGUUGCGAAACGUGUUCGAGAAGUUGAUUCGAGAUACUUGUCAAAGGCGUGUCAAAAGAUAACUGUUGUAAUAUUUUUCAAUAUGGAAAUAGAAGAGAAAUUCGAAUUGUUGUUGACGAAUAGAAACGAAGAAAGUAUAAA